AUGGUCCGCACGGCACUACUGGUGUCGCUCCUAGUAGCGGCUUUGUCUGCACUCAAAGGGCCUGUCCCGAAUCCCGAUGGCAACAUUCGGGAGUUCGUCCCGGGCGGGUACAUAUUCGAAUUCGAGGAUGGGCAUGAUGCCUCGGCCGUGAUUCAAGAAAUUGGCAGGAUUGGUACCACGCGAAUGCAUCUAAACUACAAGCUCUUCAAGGGCAUCUCGGUGGAGCUGCACAACGUGAAAACGGCCAAAACCAUGGCGACUGAGAUCGCCUCCAGGCCCGCCAUCAAGAAUGUCUGGCCGAUCGAGGUCCGCCCAAUGCCCAAACCUGCUGGGCUUCAGAUCAUCAAGGCCAAGGACCUGGCCCUGAACCGAGACCAGCACGGCCUUUCGGCACGCGCCAAUAGCAGUAUGCACCAGGAUGUCUUUUCCACGCACGUCAUGACCCAAGUCGACAAGCUGCACGCUGAAGGUUUCACUGGGAACGGCGUCAAGGUGGCCGUCAUUGAUACCGGCGUUGACUACACGCAUGAGGCCCUUGGUGGGUGCUUCGGCGAAGGGUGCCUGGUCUCCUUCGGGACCGACCUUGUCGGCGACGACUACCAUGGUAGUUUCUCAUCGAUCAAGCCGGACAAUGACCCCAAGGAUUGCAAUGGCCAUGGCACGCACGUUUCUGGCAUCAUUGCAGCACAGAAGAACUCGCUGAACUUCAUGGGGGCGGCGCCUAAUGUCACCUUGGGCAUGUACAAGGUCUUUGGCUGCACAGGUGGCGCGGCCAACGACAUUAUCAUUUCUGCGUUGAACAUGGCAUUUGAAGACGGCGCAAACAUCAUUACGGCUUCUCUCGGCGAAUCCGGUGGCUGGUCUGAGAGCCCUUGGGGUGUAGUUGCCUCUCGCAUCGUCGACCAAGGUGUUCCCUGCACCAUUUCGGCCGGCAACGAUGGCCAGUACGGCAUGUUCUAUCCCGGUUCGGCCGGCGACGCCAACGGCGUGAUGGGCAUUGCCUCCUUCGAGAACAUCAUUGACCCAGUGCUGGGAUACAUCUCGUCGUUUUCUAUCGACGGCGGCGAGGACCAAUAUAUCGGCUAUCUGGCUUCGUCGGACUGCCCGAACUGGCCCGGAACGCCGCUCCCUGUCUAUGCAACCAGCCUGGAUCCAACUGUCGAGGACGAUGCGUGCAAACCCCUCCCGGACGAUACUCCCGAUCUCUCUGGACACGCCGUUCUAGUCCGCCGGGGCACGUGCUACUUCGAAGAAAAGGCUGCCAACAUCUUGGCCAAGAACGGGACGUAUCUUCUCAUCUAUAACAACGAGCCAGGUUUCUUCGCGCCAAACAUGGACUCCGCCAGUGAUAAACUUAAUGCAGGUGGCAUGCUUCUCCGUGAGCAAGGCGAGAUGUUUGUCGCCGCCCUCAAGGCCGGGCACAACGUUACGGUGACCCUGAUUUCCCCCACGUACUCUCCGGGGCUAUUCGUCACCGGCUCGGUCAACCACCGCAUAGGCGGUGCUGUCAACGACUUUUCCUCAUGGGCUCCCACGUGGGAAAUGCACUUCAAGCCACAGGUUGGAGCGCCAGGCGGCAACAUUCUCUCGACAUGGACCGAUAAUGACUAUGCCAACGCGAACGGAACGUCCAUGUCGACACCCAUGGUUGCCAGCAUCCUCGCCCUGAUUGCUCAGGUUCGCGGCACGUUUGACCCAACGACAUUGAGAAAUCUCGUCUCGGCCUACGCGAAGCCUCAGAUCUGGAACGACGGAGAGAGGUUCUACCAAGGGCUCGCACCGGCUCCCCAGCAGGGGGCGGGGUUCAUUCAGGCCCAUGACGCUGCCUACGCGACCACCUUGCUGGAUCCCUCGAGCUUGUCUUUCAACGAAACCGCGCAUUUUGUGAAGGAGCUAAGCAUCAAGGUCACGAACUCCGGAGAAAAGGAAAUUUCUUACAACAUCUCACAGGUCCCCGCACUCACAAUGUACACCCUGGAUGCUGAUGGGGUAUAUCCCAUGAAGUUUCCGAACGAGAUCGUCGAGGGGCACGCCACACUUACUUUCUCAGAGCAGCAGGUCACUCUGAUGCCUGGAGCUUCCAUGGUUAUCAGCGUAUCAGCACAGCCGCCAGAAGGCCUCGACGAAGGGCGACUCCCCGUUUGGUCUGGCUACGUAAUCAUCAACGGCACAGAUGGGUCGGCACUGUCCAUGCCAUACCAGGGCCUCUCAGGCUCGAUGCACACCAAAGCCGUUCUAACCUGGGGCCACGUCGGAGUUGCUUCCUACAAGGAUAAAUGGUUCCUCGAUGACGGGGCCGAGUUCAUCCUCCCAGGCCCCGGUACGGUGUCUGAUGACAUCCUCGGCAUCUACGCAAAUCUCGUCCUAGGCAGCCCCAAGGUGCGCUGCGACAUCGUCCCCAUGACGACCUGCCCGCCCAAGAGCAUCACCGUAGACGAUCCCCUCGGCGAUAAUUUCAAGACGGUCGGCCAGCCCGCUGGGUGGCCCCUCAAGUACGUCCCGCGGGGCGGCAAUCUCUCCCCGUGGGACGGGCAGCUCGACAGCGGAAGCUACAUCCCGCCCGGCAAGUACAAGUUUGUGAUUCGCGCGCUGCGCCUGUUCGGGGACGAGACCAAAUUGGAGGAGUGGGAUAACGACACCAGCACGAGCUUCCACAUCAAGUAUCAAACUUGA